UGGCUUGUUUGGGUGGAUCCUUUUAUCCGUCAGAGUCCGGGCGCCCCGCUUGGUGUCGUGCCAAUGGACAGACAGCUUGCGUCAGACAGCAGGCCCCAUGGCCUUUAGGUGCUGCAGGAAAAGAUACGAGCCGCACGAGGAUCUGGAUGUCGAGGAUGUCGAGAAUCAGUAUCGUGCGGGCAGAAAAGAGAGCCUCAACCUGCCCAAGGAUUUUCCCAUGUACGUGAUCAGUGUCGAGGACUUCCUCGAACUGGACGAGAUGAGGCCGCACCAGGAGUUGAAGGAAGAGAAGUUGGUGCGGAUCUUCGAGCACUCCAUGGGGCCCGUGACCUUCAUCUCGCACGAGUGGUCCGGGCUAUCACAUCCCGACCCGGGGCGCAAGCAGCUGCUGGCCCUGAAGAAGACGUUGUGGGGCUUCCGGAGCCACUCCCACAAGUUCGCCUACGACCCGGUAGCCUUGAUGCGGCAGUACCACAAGACCUUGUCCUACAAAGACCUCCACGAGCUCACCAAAGGCUGGCUAUGGAUUGACUUCUUCAGCAUCCCGCAGGAGGGUGCUUGCCGCACGCCAGAGGAGGUGGCAUGUCAGCAGGAAGACCUGAAAGAUGCCAUCAGAAGUUUGCACACCUACGUGGCCCACAGCUCCUUCUUUUUCAUCCUAGCUCCGGUGCAGCACCAUGAGAUGGGGCGCCUCAUGGACUUCAGCUCCUGGAAGUCCCGCGGAUGGUGCCAAUUUGAGCUCACGGUGAAUGUGCUGAUGGGAGCGAAGCCGGUGAUUCUGGUGCAGGGCCUGGGCUCCGUGAAGAAGGUCUCUGCGCGGAUUUUCCUGCACUUCGCUCCCUGCUUGGCAAAGUUUACGCGGGAGGAGGACAAGCUCCACAUCUCGGAUGCGCUGGACCAAGUCAUCAACGCGCAGGUGCAGCGUCUUCGGUCCCAGGGGGAGGUGCACCGCCUGCAGAUGCUCGAGUGCCUCCGCUCACUGCUGACGCGCCGCGCGGAGCACUUGACGCUCUUCAAGCGCCUCAGUCGGACCGGGUCCCUGGCCUACAUGGCCUCCAGGGAUAAAUGCAUCAUUUACUCCGGCUGGACACAGCUCCACUAUGCCGCCGCACGCAGUGACGUGGAGUCGGUAACACGACUGCUGGGAAUCUGCGAAGAGGUUGACGCACAAACCCAGCAAGCAGACAAGGACCUGUUCCUGGGCUCCAUGCUUCAGCCGAUGCACAUGUGGGCUGCCUUCUCCUUCAGCGAGGACAUCAUCCACCUCCUGCUGGACGCUGGGGCCCAGGUGGACUGCCGCGCCAAGGACGGGAAUCUGACGCCUCUGAUGCUGAGCUGCCGCUUUGGGAAUCUGACCUCCUGCCGGGAGCUGCUGAAAAUGCAGGCGGAUCCCAACGCGGAGGACGACAUGGGCUGCCGGCCUCUGACGUUCGCGCUGGCCAACGACGCGGAGCAGCUGGUGAAGCCGCUGCUCAUGGCGCGCGCCGACCCGCACUUCACCUGGGGGGGGCUGAGCUCGUUGCACUUUUUGGGGCUCACGAGCUCGGCCAACUCCUUGGAGCUGCUGCUGCAGCAAGGCCUGGACAUCAACAUGUCCUGCCGCGUGCGAUACUUCUCGCGGACAGGGCUCUAUGUGACCCUAGGCAUGCUGCGAAACCGCACCCUUCGGCAACUCUUUUGGCUCGCGGACGGGUCUACGCCCAUCUUGGCGGCGGCCGCCUUGGGCAAUGCGAAGGUGGUGCAGACGCUCAAGGCCUCAGGGGCCGACAUCUCAGCGACCAACGCCGCGGGGAAGGACUUGGCCCAGAUCUGCCGCAUCAGCUGCAUCCCGGAGGAAGCCUUCACGCCCUACCGCUUGACACAUGCCACGCCUCUCGCGAAUGCCGAUCCGGUGCUGCUGGAAUGAGGAAAGACGCGAGCAACCCGACUCCGGAAGCCGGAAGCUCUGCGGAAGGUGUU